AUGGAACUUAUACAUAAUAAGACAGCUCAAAAAGAAUUCAUUCAAAUAUCUUCCAUCGCUCGCGAAGUGGCAUCAGCAAGCAAUAUCUCGCAACAUUCUUCUCCUGCAGAGGUGCAUGCAGAUAACACGAUGGUAACAAAACCUGUAUCAGCUGCAACUACGGACACAUCACUAGAAAUUUUACGAAAUCAUCCAUCCCAUCCAGAAUAUGAACGCGAAGUAUUAAAUAUGUACGGUAGAUACCUUACUUUGAACAAAAACAGCAAUAAAUUCUUAAUAAUGACAAUAAGUGUCAUUGUCAUUUCAUCUAUCAUUAUUGCUGGCAUUGAAGGUUGUUUCCUGGCCAGUAUUACUGUUUAUCCAGAUGGUCCAUGUCCAAUCUAUGGUUUAAUGGAAUGCUUUCAUGGUUCAAAUUUUACCUAUUUUCCAUGUACACCUGGUAAUACAAUUAAUUUUACAUUAUAUUCCAAUAGUGCGACAUGUUUUCGUUGGAUUGCUCGUGAUGCAUCGAUAUCAAAUGUUGUAACACAAAUCGGCAUUUGUACAGGGUUGUUAACUGCUUUUGGAUCUGUUGUUGAAGUCGUCAUACGUCUAUUACUAUUCGUAUUUCAACAGCGCCGAUGUGUAGCAACUGGAAUACGUCGUUUAUUAGAAAAAACAGUCGGUAUUAAUCGAAUUACUAAACCUACUCGUUGCUGCGGUAUGAAACUACCAUUUCAAUUCGGUAUUCUUGAUCUACGUUUAUAUCAACGUCCCUGGCUUGUGGUCAUAUUUCUUAUACUUUACACCUUACUUCCAUUAAGUGUCAUUGGUUCAAUCGUUCUUCUAUCGUAUUUUAGAAUUAGUAUAACGUCAUUAACUUAUAUUAUUCUUCUAACGAUAGUAUUAAUAUGUUGUCUUGCUCUGUUAUGGGUCAUUUGGGAAGAAGAUGAAAUUGGAAGAGUAAUACCAGGUGCCUGGCAUGACUUUAAAGAUAUUGUCUCGAAACAUCAGCUAGAAAAACUUGUUACGGUAGGUCAAGGCGUGGCUUCAGGAAGUGAUCUUAAAAAAAUGACUGAUCAUACCAGAAAUUUGCUUCCAAAAUCUCAAAAGACACCACAGAAUUCUCAAGUGUAUAAAAGACUGACUGUUUUCAAUCAAGAAGUACGUUAA